AUGGGUAAUAAGAGCAGAGAAGGUGGCAAGGAAACGGGGGCGCAAAAUUUAUUACUAUCGCUGUCGCAGUUCGGAAAAUAUUCGUGUAAUGGUAGCAUCACACAUUGCGCCCAAACAUCUGUAAUCCUAACUGACAAAGAUGUUUACAACAAUACAUUAAGCAGCUUAAAGAACAGUGAAGCAAAAGAAUGGCCAAUGACAUUGAAUUUUCGAAGCCUACCGCCUCAUAGUACAAAGUGGAAGUAUGAAGAAGUGGAUGGAAAAGAGAAACCGACUCGAAGUGGUCAGUCAAGAGGAAGCGGUAAAGCAAAAUAA